CCUCCAUCUCCCCCUCCAAAUUCCUUAUCAUAACAUCAUAGAUUCCAACCACGAAACCAAACGAAUGCACCCCAGCCACCCAUACCCGGCCGCCCCCUCUGACCUGCGCGCCCUUCUUCCCCCAUUCCACCCCCAAACCCCCCUCCUCCCAUCUCAACAAUAGCCAACUCCCUAGAUAUAUCCUUCCUGGAUUUUGAUUAGAGAUAGAGAGAGAAAGAUGUGGGGAUUGGUAUUCUUAGGAUUCCUGCUGGCCUCGCCGGCGGCGGUGGCCGCAGACGAGUGCCCGCUGGACCUGAACUACGUCGGGACCUUCCCCUGGAACCCCUCCUCCUGCGUCGCCCCGGUCACGAACAUGACCGCCUGCUGCAUGACGCUGCUGAGCCUCUACGGCAUCGGCGUCGCUGAGCGCCUCCGCCUCACCGGCCUCUUCCGCCUCCCCAACUACACCGCCGCCGUUGCCUGCCUCGACGACUUCCGCUCCAACCUCUCCGCGUUCUCCCUCCCCUCCGACCUCGUCCCCACCUGCUUCCCCUCCCCCGAGCGCCUCGUCAUCUCCCCCGACUACUGCGACGGCAUCCUCUCCGCCCAGAACUGGACCGCCAAGCUAGGCUCCUCCACCGACCUCGACUCCGCUUGCCGCCCCGACCUCUCCGUCUCCACCCAGUGCUACGCCUGCCUCAACGCCGGCUUCGCCGUCGCUUCCCAGCUGACCGCCCUCGACGGCAACGCCUCCCACGCCACUAACUGCUUCUUCCUCGCCACCGUCUACGCCGCCGGUGUCGUCAACCAGUAUGGCCCCGAGGACACCCGCGCCGCCGGCUGCAUCUUUGGCCUCGCCCUCUCCUCCUCUUCUUCCCCAUCUCGCUCCAAAUCCCACGCCGCCGCCAUCUUCGCCCCCAUAGCCGCCGCCCUCGCCCUCGUUCUCCUCCUCUCCGCCGUCGGGUUCUAUCUCCGGCGCUCCAGAUCCAAGAAAAGGAGGAGCCUUUCUUCUUUAGACAACCAGGAGCGGAGCUCGAAUUCCCGAUCCCAUCCCCGGCCCAACACCGGAUCCAUCUCGUUCGAUAUCAAAGAAUUGGAGAAAGCCACAGGCUACUUCUCUCAGAGGAACCUCAUCGGGCGCGGUGGAUUCGGGGUCGUCUACAAGGGGACGCUCGCGGACGGGAGCUUGGUGGCCAUCAAGAGGGUACUGGAGCCGGACUUGGAAGGCGGCGACGAGGAGUUCCGGAACGAGGUGGAGAUCAUCAGCCACCUCCGGCACCGGAAUUUGGUGCCUCUGCGAGGCUGCUGCAUCACCGACGACCACGACGACGUGGAGGAAGGGAAGCAAAGGUAUUUGGUUUAUGAUUACAUGCCCAGUGGGAGUCUCGCCGACCACAUCUUCACCUCCUCCUCUUCUAUGAAUGGCAAUGGCUAUUCUGGAAGACAGAAGCCACCUUUAAGCUGGCCGCAGAGGAAGAACAUCAUACUGGAUGUGGCCAAAGGGCUGGCCUAUCUCCACUAUGGAGUGAAGCCGGCGAUCUACCAUAGAGAUAUCAAGGCCACCAAUAUCCUCCUGGAUGGAGAGAUGAGGGCGAGGGUGGCGGACUUCGGGCUCGCGAGGCAGAGCAGGGAGGGGCAGUCCCACCUCACCACCAGGGUCGCCGGGACUCAUGGGUACCUCGCGCCAGAGUAUGCGCUCUAUGGGCAGCUCACAGAGAAGAGUGAUGUCUAUAGCUUUGGCGUGCUGGUGCUGGAGAUCAUGAGUGGGAGGAAUGCUCUGGAUACGUCGGCGGAGUCGAACCUGGUGCUCGUCACCGACUGGGCGUGGACGCUGGUCAAGUCCGGGAGGGCGGAGGAGGUGCUCGAAGCGGCGCUGGCGAGGGAAGGUAACCCGAAGGGGAUCAUGGAGAGGUUUGUGCUGGUGGGGAUAUUGUGCGCCCAUGUAAUGGUGGCGCUCAGGCCGACGAUCUCGGAGGCGCUGAAGAUGCUGGAAGGCGAUAUCGACGUCCCGGCGAUACCGGACCGGCCGAUGCCGCUCAGCCAUGGGUCUCCUUUUGGUGAAGGUGGCGCUUUCACUGCUUCGCCGGCCCUGAGUGGGUUCGGUUUCAACACUGGAGACAUGCUCAGGUGAUUGAAGGCUCCAAAAUGUUGGGAGACAUUCAGGUUGAAGGAAUAGGAGAUACAUCAACUGUUUGUGCUCUCUGAUUGUUCCUUUGAGCAAUUCAAUGAUACAGGAAGGAAUUGGUCUAAAAUGGGAGUUGCAAGUGGGUACAAACUCAUGGAUCGUCUACAGAGGACAGGCUCCAAUUCAUCGAAGUCCAUGAUUUAAACUUCUCAUUGUUCUAGUUUAUAGUUUAUCUUUCUGGUGAACCCUGAUGAAUUUGGUGGUUGUUCAUAGUCUCAAAGAUACCUCGUACCUUUAUGUAUUAUAGAUAUUUGAAUGUAAAUGUUGGCUGUGGUGGUUCAAA